GCAGCGGGUUGAAGUUACACCUUCGCUUUUUUGUUCUCCAACAUUGGCGUCCCGUGGCCCACCCACCCCGGGAAAACCCGUUCCAGCCUCUCAUACAUCAUCAGCAAACGUCCGGCAGUGCGGAUGGGCAGUAGAGGAGGCGGGGGUUUGAAAGGAGAAAAAAGGUUUGCUGUAAGAAAAACGAACAUCAGCCGAAUGAAACAAACGCAGUGGAAAGUUGUAAACUGUUAACUCGCAAUGAUUCACGUACAGUGUGUGGUAUGAUAGCGCGUGUUGGAUAGGGUGUACUUCUAGAAACCAUGCAAAUGUUUCUUGACACUGUCGGACAAGCAAAAAGACAACACGCCAGUGUUUGCACGCUGUGUUUGCAAACUGUAAUGGUAUAUAGGGGUUACGUGAAGGGCUAGUACCUUCGGUAAACCCAUAAAGGAGACGAAAGAAGUGUUUGGCGCGAGUUGCAAUACGAAUAGACACUGCGUGAAUCAAACAGAACGCGCUAGCUCGCGAAAGCUAUUUCCACUGCCAUGUCAAAGUGGAAUAAACCCCAGGGUGUUGUAGUACCCCUCGACUCUCUGUUGAAGGAACGCCGGAAAGAGAACUGUCCUGCACCGCGUCGUUCCGCUGGUCUGGUCGGCCGAUGGGGCAUCACGAGCUUUACCUCGAUACGCAGUCGAAGUUAUGUUGCGGAAUACAACAAUGUUGAUUUGAAGGAUGCAACUGGACUGGAACUCGGCACCGGCGACUCGCCGGAUAGCGUUGUCAAUCUGCUCGGCUCGAACAACACCGAAACGGUUCGACCGCGCAAAUUCUUUAAAAGCCGCAAUAUCAUACCUCCUCCUCCACUAUUGCCGCCAACAGUUCCCAAUGAGCAUCUUGGACACUCACCGUACGGGGCUAAUGCUGGGGGAUAUGGCGCACCUGCUGGUACCUCGGAUCUAUGGAAUCAACCGAGCGUUACGACAACGACGCCUCCACAGCAGCAACAAUUCUACCAGCCACUGUCUGCGGCUGCAGCAACGCCACAGUUUUCACCCACCGGUCCACAGUCGGCAAACGUGGGCCUUUUCCCGGGUGGGCAUGUCGGUGACGGUGUGGCCUACGCAAUGCAACAACAGCAACUGUUGCACACGAUCCCGUUGACGAAGGAAAAGAAACCGGGUCGGAAAAAGAAAUCAACCGUUGGUACCAUUGCUACCCUCGAUCCUUGCGAUGCGCCACCAGCGAGUGCAAGGAAAACGCCCGGCAACAAACCUCCGAAGAAGGAAAAGAAAGAAAAACGAGCAAAAAAAGCGAAAAAAGAACAGGUGGCUGCAGAUCCAGAGCAGGAGCAACCGAAACGGAACUCGUCCCGCAUUCGUAACCGCGUGGUUAACUAUAACGAGGACGAGGACAGUAAUGAUUACGAGCGUUCGGUAGUUUCCCGAACAACCGUCGCCAACAAUCACCAUCAUAAUCCGCCUUUUAGCACGCCCGAACACGGAAUUCUCGCACCGCCAACAGAUCCAUCGUUUGCCGGUGCAGUCGAUCAACACUCAGUGGUACCGACGGCUGCUGCACCAUACCAUCCGAUGGUACAACGACCGGUGUCUUCAUCUUCGUCCCCGGCGGGUGGAUAUCAUUCCGGUGGCGAGGGACGAUACGGCGCUAAGCCGAGUACGACUACCACCGUUACCACGCCGCUCCCAUCGCCCAGUGAGCAUCGGCCGAUUCUGCUGCGUAUAUCCAAGGGUACAUCGAUGCUUAUUAGCACCGAUAGUGAAGAGGUUUCUACAAACAACAGUACACCACCCACGACCACGAGUAACCUGCUCUACAAUCAGCAGCAACAGUCCGACCAGCAAGCCGAAGAUGACGAGGAGGAUUUUGACGGAAAUUUGCCGCCUCGAACGCUGCUAGCAGAGCGUGGACCAACUACUACCGUGGACAAUUCGGCGGAGUUUCCGAAGACUCAUCAGCAGUUGUAUAAUCAACCGGCCGAAACCCUUCUGCACACCGAACCGCCGGCUGGCGAAGGAACAACGCUUGCCGAUGUGCAGCAGCCAGUACCAGCGCCAAAAACUGAGCUUAAGAUAAAGAUAUCUCUCGGUGGUAAACCGCUGAUCAGCAGUACCACCAGCGUGGCCGGUUCAACAACACCCAACAGCAACGUCGGCACGCCCGGCAAGACUACCAAGAGCAGUAGUAAGUACAACUUUAAAAAGCGUGCCAUCGAACGCGAAAAAGCCCGAUCUUCGCACUUAACGUCCAAGCGGAGCAAGGUAGAUAUUUCCGAUGGAGAACAGAACCAGCAGGGCAGCGCUACCGUGACGACACAAUCGGUAACGUCCUCUACGGUAGUAGGGAAGGAAAAGCUUGGCGUAGCCACUUUAACACGUCCGAGCUUUCCACUGCCUGGUACGGAUACUUACGAGGUGUUUCGGACGCUGUCCUCCCUGUCCGGUGGUGAUGAUUUCGAUUCGCAAAGUUCUAUCCUAGGCAGUGCAUCGUCCGAUAACAAUACACCGAAGCAUACGCUAGCACCUGGUGAGGACUGUCAAAUCAUCCACAGCCGUGGGUCGAGUGAUUGUGGUAGUGAUCUGGAGCUUUCACAAAACAGUUCCACGGCGGCAGCACCACCAUCGGACAUUUACUCGGAGAGUGAAAAUACGCAGGAUAACAAUCAGCAGCAGCAGUUGGCAGCAUCUCAUCAUCCUACUCGCACGACGGCAGUCGCAUCAUCUCUUUCCCUUGCACCCUGUCCAACAGCGUCAUCCUCCACGCCGUAUGUACCCGAGACACUGCCGCCAGUAGAUCUACUGCAGCAGCAGCAGCAGCAGCAGCAACAACCACAGCCGAGCAACGUCGAACGGGUGGAAGUACUGAAAUUAAAUCUCAAAAAUGUCGGUCACGGUACGCGCGUGACCCGAAACAAAAUGAAGCACAGCAAUAACCUGCCUGAAGAACAGCAGCAGCCGCAGCCGCAGGAACUACCUUCUUCUCCCGCCAAGCAAUUGCUGCUACGUCCUGGUCGAACCGGGCGCAAUCGGGCAGCGGCUACCAUCAGCAAUAAUAACAACAAUAACGUUGUCCGCGGUACGGCGAAUGAGAAGCGUUCACGCAAGCAACCGGAACCGGUUAUGUUGCGAGAGGAUACCGAGGAGCAAAUCAUGACGGAACCAUCCGACCCGACACAAUCACAACAGCAGCAGCAGCAGCAGCAGCAUCAAUCAGCAGUGACUGAAAGUGUGCUGCCUCCGCAAACUGUUGGCCCGACGACGGAAACACCAUCGGCUGUGAAUACGACCGCAUUAGAAAGCACCGCCGGGCAUAAGCCAGGCGUUACACGUCAGUACAGCCGACGCAAGAAGAACGUGGUUCCGCCGGACUAUCUCGGUGAAGCGUCUACGGUGCCGCAUUCGGUUGCACCGUUGGGGGAUAAAACUGACAGCAGUAAUGCCGUUGACCAACAGGAACUGCCUUCACAUUCAUUGCGACAAAAUGGUGAUGUAAUAACAGAACCGCCAGUUGUUACAUCCUGCAGUUCUGUAAUGACGCCGCCAGUGACACAGGAGGUGAGUUCGGCUGCUGGAGCCGUGGUACCGCAACAACCACCAACAACAUCGGGUCCACCACCACCGAUGCGUCUGGUACUACAGAAAAAGGGUACCAUCUUCAAAAGCCGCCCAAUGGUCGGCUCAACGGAUGGCGCAACGGACACAAAGAAGCGGCACGUCUACAAACACAAAUGGGACAAUGAUCACGGUAAUGGUAUGAUGGACGAGCAAGCAGCACUCAGCGGUGUUGGGGUGGUGGGUGCCAGCGCAGACACUACGAGCGGUCUGGUUGGAUCUUCGGCAGUGGGAGCUGGUGGUAACGCGACAGGUAUUGGUGGCGGCGGUGGUGUUGCCAGUGGUAAAACAGCGGGCGACUCGACAAGCUUAACAGACAGAGGCUGCGGAGAGGGUAUGGAAGGCGAUGAACACGACGGUGGAUUAACGGGUGCAACUAGCGGCGGUGGUAUAUCUGGCGGCAAUCAGUUAGAUUACGAUGGGAACUUUUUCGACAACGAUACGCCCACAGCAAUGCCACCACGAUCCAAGAGGUUGAAAACGUUUGCAGCUAGUGGUAAUUCCACCGGGGCCGGCGGUUCAACCGGUCAAGGCACAGCAGGGGCUGGCGUUGGUGUGGGUGGUGCGGUCGGUUCUGUACACUACCACCAUCAUAGUCGAGCGCAGGGCGGCGCAGGAGACGAAUACGACGGUGCUGCCGCGAACGCGUUCGAUGACGAUGCAAACGGUGGCGACGAUGAGUACGGUGCGGGCAGAUCGCGUCAAGCCAAACCAUUCUACACGAUCGUGCGCAACGUGAAGAAUUCGCACCAGAUGCAGGAAAUUGGCGAGUUUCAGGAGAUGGACGACGAUGUCGACUACAUACUGAGCGCGCUGCACCCGGAUAAUCCGAUCUCAACGCGCUGCCUUUCCGCAUUACAGCUAGCGACCAAGUGCAUGAAGCCCGCGUUCAAGAUGCACGUGCGAGCGCACGGUGUGGUGACGCGCUUUUUCCGCGCACUGUCCGACGCCCACCAAGAUCCGAGCCUCGGUCUCUGUACUGCCGCGAUCAUGUACGUAUUUUCGCAGGAUAAGCUGAACAUGGAUCUGGACCGGGAUUCGCUCGAGCUGAUGCUGAACCUACUCGACACGGACCACAAGCUGGACGGGACGGUUCAGCAGCAACAGCAAGGCCAGCUACAAAAGAACCGCCAACGGGUGAAGGAACUGUGCGAGGAAAUAAAGGGGGCCGGUAAGGGCAAACACAUCGACACGGACCGCGUGACGGCCGGUUCACUCGCAAUGGAAUCGCUGCUGUCGCUGACGUCGCAGCGGGCCGGUGAGUGGUUCAAGGACGAGCUACGCAAUUUAGGCGGCAUCGAACAUCUGAUUAAGACGGUGGCCGAAUGCUACGAACAGGUACCGGGCAGGGCAAGUGAUUGGACGGAACAGGAUGUGGCGAAGCUGCGCAAAAUCGAGCGCUGUCUGCGUGUGCUGAACAAUGUCAGUUUGUUCAACUGCCAGAACCAACGGUUUCUGCUGGAGCACCGGUCCGGGCUGCUGGUGCAAAUACUGGUGCGGCUCUACCGGCAGGUCGAUCGGGAUUUGAUGCAUUAUCCUACGGACGAUGCGACACCAAAGGAAAGCAUUGGUGUGCUGUUGCGCGAGCUGCUCCAACCGAUGCUACACAUGCUUAUCACACUCACGCACGCUUUUAACGAGGAGGCCCAAGGUGCCCAUCUCGUCGGAAAGCAACCGGACGUAAUUAACAUUACGAUGCAUCUGUUGCUGCGAAUUUCUGAGUACGUGCCGCAACGGUUCGUGUUUGAUCUGCAUCUGCUAGCGCUAACGCUGCUAUUGCAUCUUGCCCGACCAAGUCCACAGAACCGACAGCAGGUACUGUGUUACAUGGACAGCGAAACGAAUCGUGGCGGUAUUAAAGCGCUGGUCGAGUACUUUGAACAACAGGAAGAGAUGGCUAGUCAUGCGGAAGCAAAAACGAACGCUAUAUUGGAGACUCCUGCGCGUACUGUUGAUGCAGAGGAUGCGGAAACAAAACUGAUUCAAAAAGCAGAACAUCACAUGGAACACACGUACAUGGGCAGUCACGUGUGCAUGCUAAUCUCUCAGCUCGUAAUGGGCGAACAGGGUUAUGAACAAAUUGCCCGAAUGCAUUUGAAAAACAACAACUUCAAGCGUAUGGUCGCGGCUCUCAGUCGGUACUACGAGUUCCUGAACCUCACGACCAACGCGGACGCAGAAAGUACUGCACACAAACGGCAAACUAAGGAAGCCAUUGACUAUCUGAGUCAGCUGGACGGCUGUGAAACCUCCGGUAUCGUACGAACCGGUACUACCGGCACCGACGCAACGGCUGCUAUAUUUUGUGAGUAGGUGAAAGGAAUUGGUUUGCACACGAUGCCGAAGAAAGCCUUACCCAAUGCAGUGUUUUUAUUCUGAUCGGAUCACUUUAAUGUGCCCGCAAAACAGAAGGGACUACCGUGUACAGUUUGCUAUAUAUUUAAGUUUUACAAAUUGAUUAGAUAUAUGGUUGGUUGGUUAGUGUUGCUGCAGUUUUGGAUAAAAUUUUAGUUUUUUUAUGCUUUUGAAAGUUCUUUUCUGUGUGACUCAAAAGGCAGGAGGAAAUUCGCUAUACGCAAAAACUCUAUACACACCAAAGCGUGCGGCCCAAAAAAAAAAGCGUAAAGCGGGAAGCUGCUGUAAAUCGGUACGGAUAGGCCAAAUUUGAAGUAUAAUUUUGGACAGAAAGGUAUUAGAUGCUCACGGGAUAAUGCUGUAUACUUUCUGCGCAUCUGGAAAGUCGGUCCUUGCCUCAGAAGGGCACUCCGGAAAAGAUUUGUUACUAGUCCUAUCUUGUAAAACAAAGUUGUUAAUUUUGUAAUUAUUUUGAAUUGUGACCUUCACAAAACAUUUGGAAUUUAAAACAGACAAAUUUUUCUUUCCCAUAUUAUUACAAUUACCAUUUUAUUGCCAUAUUGAUACGAAUGCUAUGCUAAAAAUUGUGCUGAAGUUCAGAAAAAUUCAUACGAUGAAAAAUACACCCAGAAUGUGCCGAAACUGCAACACUACUGCCCAGCACCCAUUGUCUAUUCAUACGUGAUCGAACAUUAACGCAAUGGUUUUUUCUAUUGCAUGGUUUUCUACAUUAACGAACUCAACACAAAUAUGAUGAGUGCUUCUGUAUGAUAAAGAUGAGUAAAACGGGCGUGGUAGGUAUACCUUGUGCAUCAGUAUAAUGUGUAUCUGUUAAGAUAAAAUCGAAAAAAUGGACAGACAGGAUUGCCAAUGGAAGAGGAGUGUAAUAAUUACUGUAUGAUAUAUUGAUUUCAAAUAUGAUUGUAAAUAUGUAGAAAUGUAAGCCCCCUUAUUUAGGUUAAACUAGGACGGGUAGGAACACUAGAUAGACGCGUUAGUUUAGCAAAGAGUGUACAACGCGUUUCGUAAGCGGGCGCUGUAUAAUAGUAUGUGUUGAAACGACAAAUGUAAAAAGUAACAAUCAAGCAUCUUAAAAAAGCCCCGAUUUAUUAUAAGCCUUGAAAUGGAGUUUGUAACACAAAAAAAAACAAUGCUGGUGAAUCAAUUAAGAACACAUGUAGCAUAACGUUAAACCGUUUAAUGUAAAAUAACAAUGUACGACUGAACACGUUGAUGCUGUGGCGUAUCGAAGAUGUAAUCGCGGCACCCUAAUUGUAGCGCUGAAUCAAGGUGUAGGUAAGACGUCACGGUACAAUCUUCAUAUCCUCCCGGUAGAGAACAGGAGUAUAUGCGGCGUUUCACAUGCCAGUUCGUGCCGGAAUAAAGCGAAGAAGUAAAGGAAACCAACAUACCAUGAACAUGAAUGCUUAGGUCUCGUAACUCUUUUAUACACAAUGAAAAUCAAUAAAGUGUAAGAGAGAAACCUGACUUAUGUAUAUAUAUGCAUAGCAGUAUGCAAAUAAGUUUCGGAAUAUGUGUUCUAUCUUAGGGCCAUAAAUUCGUUAGGAAAGAUACGAAUUUCACACUUAAAACAGGGCCAUGUGUGGUAUGCCACAGGGAAAAUCAGUACUCAGUUAUGUUUCCUUUUGCAGUAGUGUCGUUGGCAGCAGUAUAUGUCUAAUUGUGAAGAAAUAGUGCCCAUCGGUGAUGUGACGAUGCGGUGUGUUAUCGUCUUCUUCCUGUGCGCAGCAGACACACAGACCCGUUUGAUAGGUGCGUUUAAGUAGCUCGCAGACGGCAAAUAAAGAGCGCUAGUAUUUAAUUUGACCAAGUA